UUCCAAAUAAGAAAUCAAGUUUAAUGUAAAAUAUAAAUUAAUUUUAAUAAUUGUAUUUGUUAAUAUAUGAGUACAAAUUGUAUACAACUUUUAGCAGCUCAAAUUAAUCAAAUUAAAUUGAAUCAAUUAAUUAUAUUACAUAAUGCAUAAGUCAGUCAUCAAAGUUGAAUGUGAAAAUAAUGUGGGAACAGCAGUUUGUAUACAUACUUCUAAUACUGGCCACUUGUUUUUAACCUGCGCUCAUGUUGUAAAAUAUAAAACUGGAUCUAUUCUAUUACGAUAUAAUAAACAAGUAUUCAAAGGAUUGGUAAUUUAUGCUGUUCCUAAAGGAAGCCCCUAUGAUUUGGCCUUAAUUUCUAGUAUAAAAUCUGAAGAUAUAACUGCUAGUAAAAUGUAUUGUGACAUUCCACUUCUAAUUAUUGCAGAUGAGGAAGUGUUUAUUGUAGGUUAUCAUUCUUUGGAAUAUGAACCUUCUAUAUCUGUUGGUCGAGUCUACAGAAUACCAUUUAAGAGUUUACUUGUAACUACAUGCAAUGUCUAUCCAGGGUUUAGUGGUAGCCCUGUUUUUACAAAAGACAACAAACUUAUAGGACUAUUAAUUGGCAAAUUAAGUAUUGGUUCACUUAGUUUUGUGUUAACUGCAGCAGUAUUUGAUCAAAUCAUCAAUAAUUAUAUUUGUAAAUAUGAUACAAUAGAACUUAAAAAAAUUGAGUCCAAUUGUCCAAUCACGAAUAUUAUAUGGGAAAAUGGAUAUCCAAAUUUGAAACUGUGUCAUAUAUGAUAUGAAAACUACAUUUUAGAUGCAUCAUUGAUGAGUAGAAGGAUAUACUUUCAAGACAUUUGAUUUAUAAGUAAUUAUAAUUUAAAAACGUUAAUAAAAAAGUUGAAAAAAUAUUGUUAUAAUGUAUAAUAAAGUUAUGUACACUAUUAUACAAAUAAUACAAUACAAAUUCUUUUAAACUAUGCUGCCAAUUUUUUGUUAUCAUCAUUUGAUAAUUGGGUUUUAUCCAUUAAACACAGGACGUUGUUACUCAAAAAGCUUAAGUAAAAUAAUAUCCAAAAGUAAUAUUGUAGUUAUUUUGCAAUAUUUUUUCCUAUAUUUUACAAAGUUAAAGUACCAAAUUACAAAAACUCUGAUAUUGAGAAAUUUGUUUAAUUUUUUCAAUUGUGCAUAUCUUCAUUUUUUUAUCAAUAUUACAAAAUAAUAUAUAAUUUUAUUUAUUAUGUAUUAGAGUAUAACGUCCAUUGAUUAUAUUGAUGAUAAAUUUAUUUUUUAUUGGUGUAUUUUACCUAAAACUCUU